AUGGCUAGCCAACGUGGUUAUGGUCAAGAAACCGAACGACCAAUGGAGAAUGUGCGUGGACUUCACGGACCUAAACAAAGCAUGCCCCAAGGAUUCAUAUCCCCUACCAAGCGUAGAAUGUCUAGUAGAUGGGGCCUCAAGUCUUAUGUAAUUCACAUGUUGGCAGAAUGUGUUGGUCUUCAGUGGUUUGAGAGUUGGGGAACCAAGAAGCUGUCUCAAGUUGGUCUUCCCAUGGUGACACAUAAUCAUAUUAUAAAGGUCUAUGAAGAUGAACCAGUGCUUCAAGCAUUUAAAUUGAUGAGGAAAAAGAGAAUUGGGGGGUUGCCAAUGAUGAAAAGAGGUGGUGGCAGCAGGGCAAUUGGUAACAUAAGCCUGCAAGAUGUUCAAUUCCUCCUAACUGCUCCAGAAAUCUACCAUGACUAUAGGUCUAUUACAGCAAAAGACUUCCUGACAGCCGUUAGAAGCUACAUAGAGAAGCAUGAAGGGACCUUUCCAAUGUCAGAUGAACUGAUUACAUGCAAUACGGACUGCACAAUCAAAGAACUGAUUCAACUGCUUGACAAUGAGAAGAUUCAUAGGGUCUACGUUGCUGACAAUGAUGGGAAUCUUAAAGGACUGAUCACGCUAAGAGAUAUCAUCUCAAGGCUAGUACAUGAGCCCCGUGGCUAUUUUGGUGAUUUCUUAGAUGGGGUUCUCCCGAUGCGUCCUAACAGCAGGGUUUGA